GUCGGGAAUGCGCGGCAUUGGGGGCUACUUUCCGGGCGGUAUUUGGGCGGCACACGGCGUGGGCUCUCGGGCCGUUGCUUAGUGACGGGACUGAGGCAUUUCGGGAAAAGACAAGAUGGCGACGCCUAUGCACAGGCUGAUCGCUCGCAGGCAAGCGGAAGCCAAUAAGCAACAUGUUCGAUGUCAGAAAUGUUUAGAAUAUGGCCACUGGACCUACGAAUGCACUGGAAAGCGGAAAUAUCUACACAGACCAUCACGGACAGUACAAUUAAAGAAGACUUUGAAAGAGAAACAAAAUGCAUUAGCAUUGCCACCCAGUGCUCAGGGAGCUACAGAAAAAAAGACCAAGAAGAAACGAUCUCAGAGUGUCAGCAGCAGCAGUAGCAGUACUUCGUCCAGUGAGUCCUCUUCAGACAGUGAAUCAUCAUCCGAUUCCUCCUCCUCGGACAACAGCAGCAGCGACGAGGAUAGUUCAUCAAGCGACAGCUCCUCCUCCUCGUCCUCUUCCUCCAGCGAAACAUCAUCCUCUGAUUCGGACUCUGACUCCAGUUCCAGGAGUAGCGUAAGCAGCUCGGAUGAAGAACCGCCCAAAAAGAAGCCCAAAUCGUGAUGCUGCUCCCUGUGUGAACUGUAGUCGGAAACAUUUCAUACCAAGCUGUUCGGUUUAAAACUUACCAAUCGUUUCUGCAGUACCCGCCAGUCUUAGAAUCUACUUAACGUUCAGAUAUGCCCUCUUUGUGAAUCUGACCUAAACUUCCUUCGUCUGUCAUGUGUGUGAUUUCUACCCCAUCGUUCCUCUGGAUUGCACAUUACAGUUUCAUUAGCUAAAUGCCAUUAAGUAAAAAAGGGGUGGAGGGGGGGGGAAGAGAAAGGAAGGUCUGGUUCACCAAAGUGACUGUUCCCAAGAUCAACAAUGGGAGAAAGCUCCAUGGUUGUACCAGAGAGGGGUAAAGAAAUAAUGGCAACAGUGCUGCAUUUCUGUACUUUUGCCUUUGCUUGUAAAGUGCAUACUUUGCUAUUUUUGUACCAUUUCCAAAUUAAAUUUAAAAUUCACAAACCUGAACCUUGCCCUUAUAAUCGUCUCACCUGUCUUUGACUUACUGUAGUUUGUGACGGUCCUUUUGUUUGUUUUGAUUUGUUUGUUGUUUUAAAUAGCAAGUGUAAUCUGCAAUCUAUUCAUAAGAGAUACUGAAUCUAUCUGUUUACCCACUGAUUGAAACCUGUAGAGAGACUUAAUUGAAAUACUAACGGGUUUGGUGACCUUUGGACUAAACAGAAAUAUUGUUACGUACUCAAUACAUAUUGGGAAAUCCUUCGAUCAAAUGUGAGUACCCUGAACAAUUCUCUUACCAAUUGGCCAUGAAGCUAUUCUUGAUAAGUUUAGAUUAUACAGCACUAGAUUGAAAAUGGGGUUUAACUAAAUCGGAAUAGAAAUAGUCCACUACUCUUACAAAUGACCAGAUAAUCAGCCAUUUUUACAUAUAGCAGCUGUUUCUACAUCUGGUAUAAAAUCUCAUCAUCUCCAAAUCCUAUGAAUUGUUCUAUUAACUUUUUUUUUAAAUAGGGUGAACAACCUUACAGUAAGUCGAUCAUGACAACCAUCACUGGAUGGUAAGGUGUUUUAGGUCCUCUAUCAUCUUAAAGGUUAUUCAUUCUAAGGUUCUCUAAACCUCUCACUAACCCUUUCGGGUUUUUGUGUGUGUUUUAAUGGAUUAAACAAAGGUAUUAAUAGAUAUGAAGAACGAUGUCCAUCAUAGUCUUGCUAACUUUAUUGAGUAAUUACAAUUUUUUCCUCAUGCUUGGGACACCUGUAACAUGCAACAAGAUGGGGCCUUGGCUUUCCAAUGUCACUGCUUUAGCGAGUCCCAAUGCAAUACUGAUAGCUUAAGACAGUGACUUAUGGUUAUAGUGAAAUUACAUUUAUUAUGGAAACUUAUUUAAAAGAGAACAUAGUGUAGGGAUAAGUACUGCAGAUGUUCUUGCUCUAUAUGUCUUCACUGCAUCUUCUCAGAUGUACGAUUGCAGGGAUAUGAAACCUUGUAAUUGGAGUUGAUUCAGCAGCAAAUGUAUCCAAACAUUUUUGCUUGUGAUUUAUGCGUCACUUUUCCUAUUAUCACUACACUAUCGUUCCCCUUUUAAUCGCAGGUGGUUGCCACUGAGUUGUAUAUUCUGCCCUUAAGACUGGGCAUUUGUACCCAUUUUUCAAACCGUACCAAUUAUUGUAUCUUAGCAUUGUGAGCAGUUAAUUACAAUGUUUAUACCUGCAUCAUAGUGGUUGAACCAAGUCAAUUGUUUUUUCCUCAGCAUGCUGAAUAAAGUAAUUCUGAAAAUAUAAUUUACUAAUGGCAAAUGUUUUAAAUGCUGAAAAGUUAUUAAAAUGAUAUUUCAAAUCUUA